AUGGCCUCCUUGAGCUCCUUGGACUCGGACUCCCUCUAUGCUCCCCUUCCCACGCCUCCUUCCACUUGCCUUCUUCCCCCCUUCUCCUUUCCUUCCUCUCAGGCGAGUAUUCCUGACCUCGCCUAUCUCGCUCUAACCCUGUCCUGCCGCUGCUGGUCUUCUCGCUUCCUCUCUUCUGCCCCCGAAGCAUGUAGUGAUCCUCGCCUGUCCUCCCUGCGGUACCCCUCUUUGUGCUCUCUUCCCUUCUGCGUAGAGUCCCACCCCUCUUCUUUACCAUCGCUACGCUCUCCCUCCCUCGGCAGCCCCAAACCUCGCCAGUACGCGCUCUUCCUUCCUCCGCGUCGUUGGGAACACUUCGUCUUUGGCGUCGUUGCGCCUUCCACCACCCCGCGCAAUGGGGGAUCCUUCGCCUUCAGUCUCUUUUCGAUCGCCGCUGCCCCGCGCGACUGGGGCUUCUUCAAUUUCUUCCUCCCCAUCGUCAUCGCUCGCCGAGUCCAUCUCCACGUCGUCGUCGCGACGCCUUCCAUCCAUUCCGCGCCGGCCUCCUGCCAGAUCCCACGGAUCGCUGGUCGCGGGCCGCCUUCCAGGCUCCGAUCUGACGUGCAGAUCCGCUCCGCGUCCUCCAGCGCGCACGCCCACUGGCGUCACCAGAUCUGCGCGAUACGCCGCCCUCCUUGGCGAGCGCUACUCACUUAUCCUUGCCAGCACUGCGUGGUUACCUUCUCUGCUCUCACCCCAUCCUCCUCUUGUCCCUUUUCCUUCCAUGAUUGCCCUUACUCAGUCCUCUCCUGCCUCAGCCACUCCCAUCACUGCGUGGUUACCUUCUCUGCUCUCACCCCAUCCUCCUCUUGUCCCUUUUCCUUCCAUGAUUGCCCUUACUCAGUCCUCUCCUGCCUCAGCCACUCCCAU